GUCGUCACUAUUUACCACAACCACAAAGUCAUACACCUCGCUUAUUUCGACUAUUUAUCUUAACAUUUGAUUUGAAACCUUACGUUAACCACACGUAACAUUAUGCCUAACCCUAACUCUGAGCUAUAAUAAGACCCCUAACCUUAAAUUAAGACCAAAAAGCACAUUUGAGUUCUUUUUUUGAGCCAUUUUGUACUUUGUGACUGUGGUAACUAGUGCAAACCAUUUUCUUGGCGGGGGAUGCGGAGUAGUUACCGCUGAGGUAUAAUAAGAACGGUAACUUUAGCUCCUAGCUAGCAGUGAAAGCAGCGUGGGGAGCUGGAUCGAGUAAAUACUACCGAGCAAGCAAGUGGCACUAACGUUUCUGGGGAAUGUCUACUGAAUAAAUCUAACUAACGUUAACUCUUCAGGCUAUCGAUAGCUAGUUAACUAGCUAUAUCGUCUUCGUGUUUGUCUUGCCUGCACAGACGUCUAGCUAUCCGUUUAUGUUCACCAGAGUUAAAUAGGCAGCUUUGGGAAACGAAAUAGCCAGCCAGGUCAUAGAAGGGCAGUGUUGUUGACAGCUCCGGACCGACCCAAAAUAUUGUUCUCUCUGCCGUCAUCUCCAUCAGUUUCCGAGGAUGGUUCUGCUAAGGAGUGUCCCUCCACCCAGCGAGGGAGUCCGGCAUGAACAAGUCGAGACCACGGCGGUGUUGGACGGGAAGGGUCUCGGCGCAGGGACACUCUACGUUGCUGAAACGCGGUUGUCAUGGUUUGACGGUUCAGGGAUGGGCUUCUCUCUAGAGUACCCCACUAUCAGCCUGCACGCCAUCUCACGAGACCUCAGCGCCUACCCACAGGAACAUCUAUACGUCAUGGUCAAUGCCAAACUCAAUGUGUGUGUCUGUGGGUGUUCCCCAGAUGAGAACGAGGCAGAGAUGCAGGAGAAUGCCCAUGAUGAGGAGGAUGAGGAUAAGAGCAGUGAGGAAGAUGAGUCUGAGGGGAUCACAGAGAUCCGCUUCGUCCCUAGCGACAAGGCAGCAUUGGAGUCUAUGUUUUCAGCGAUGUGUGAGUGUCAGGCCCUGCACCCAGACCCAGAUGACGAAGAUUCCGACGGGGACUUUGACGGAGAUGAGUACAAUGUGGAGGAGGCAGAGCAUGGUCAGGGUGAUAUCCCGUCAUUCUGUACAUAUGAGGAGGGUGUGUCGGGCCUGACGGCUGAAGGCCAGGCCACUCUACAGAGACUGGAGGGCAUGUUAGCUCAGUCUGCCGCUAACACCUUUCACAUGGCUGGGGUCCGCACUGAUGAGGCCAAUGGAGAGUUUGAUGAUGGGAUGGAGGUGGAUGCAGGGUCGACGGUGGCCGGACAGUUUGAAGAUGCAGACGUAGACCACUAGUAAUAUAUCAUUACGUUGUAAUUAUCGAUGGAACUCAACUCUACUGCCAGUCAAAGCACUUGUGGUACAUUGUGGGAUAGGAGGAGAAUACAACCUCUCCACUUCCUGUCCCCAACGCAUCAUUUUCUGUUCGUCUCCACACACAGAAUUCCUCUCUUGUGUUUUGUACCUGAAGACCAGUUGUACUGUGUUUUCCCCAACUGGGAGCAGUGUUGUCUUUGUAUGAAAUCUCUUCAAUAAAUAAAUAGUUUUUGUAUGAAGAA